AUGACGUCCGUGGAUCUGACCGUUCGGUCCAGUCCAAGUCCUAACCCAGGUCCUCACCGCGUGAAACAGUGGCAACUGAGCGGGACAGACUACCAACCCCAGCCGGCCCUGACGCAUCGCAGCUCGGUCACAGGGACAGCCGACAGCCGCUUCAGUGCCUGGACCCCCAUCACAAACAAGACCUCCAACCACCAGGUCAGCCAAGUGAGAGAAGACAGUCAAUCGUUUUCCUUUUCUUUAUCCUUUUUGUUAUGCUUUUUCACCACCUUGGCCUUCCCUACUAAAAAACAUUUACAUUUGAGUCAUUUAGGAGAUGCAUUUUUGUACUUUUGCGUACUGGUCCGCUGUGGGAAUCGAACCCACAACCCAGCGUUGCAAAGGCCAUGCUCUACCAACUGAGCCACAAGGGAAAAUCCCCAUAUAAUUCGUGCAUCUAUUAAUUCUAAGCUACUAUAUUUUUGCACCAAAAAAAAACAACCAUUCAGCGACCCUGCCAUUGUGCCCUUGAGCAAGGCACUACAAUUACUCUGGGGCCAGCUGACCCAUUGCUUCCAGCCCCUCGGGCUGUGCUCGUGUCUCGGGGUAGGCUGUGUCAAAUCAAAUUGUGUUUGUCACGUGUUUAGCAGAUGUUAUUGCGGGUGUAGCGAAAUGCUUGUGUGUGUCUCGGGGUAGGGUGUGUGUGUGUGUGUGGUUGUCUCGGGGUAGGUGUGUGUGUGUGUCUCGGGGUAGGGUGUGUGUGUGUGUCUCGGGGUAGGGUGUGUGUGUGUGUGUGUGUGUGUGUCUCGGGGUAGGGUGUGUUGUGUGUGUGUGUGUGUGUCUCGGGGUAGGGUGUGUGUGUGUGUGUGUGUGUGUGUGUCUCGGGGUAGGGUGGUGUGUGUGUGUGUGUGUGUCUCGGGGUAGGGUGUGUGUGUGUGUGUGUGUGUCUCGGGGUAGGGUGUGUUGUGUGUGUGUUGUGUGUGUGUCUCGGGGUAGGGUGUGUGUGUGGUGUGUGUGUGUCUCGGGUAGGGUUGUGUGGUGUGUGUGUGGUGUGUCUCGGGUAGGUGUGUGUGUGUGUGUGUGUGUCUCGGGGUAGGGUGUGUGUGUGUGUGUGUGUGUGUCUCGGGGUAGGGUGUGUGUGUGUGUGUGUGUCUCGGGGUAGGGUGGUGGGUGUUGGGUUAUUAGCAUAAAGACACAUUUCCGUCCCCUGUAAGUUAAUGCAGUCUACAUCUUAUUUUAUGACCUGUCAGUUGUUUGAGGAGCGGACGACCCUGGUGCUUCACUGGUUUGACCUUUGGACUGACCGCCAGAGAAAAGUCUUCCUCCAGGCGCUGCUGUCUCAGUGCUCCAACUCCCAGCUCAAGUAAGCACUUCUGACAGACAGGACUGUUAUUAUUGUUUACCUGGAUCCCCAUUAGCUUUUGCAGAAGCAGCAGCUACUCUUGCUGGGGUCCACGAAAAAAACAAAACAUGACAAGUAUCAAAACACUGAUACUGUUAGACAAGGACAGUCACACAAAUGUAAAAUACAAUGAUAUAAAACUACAAAAAUAAUGUGUGUGUGUGUGUGUCUCUGGUCUUGUCCCAUCUCUUGUCAACCCUCAACCAGGAAAGACUAUCAUGCAUGUUGUUGAUGUUAGUUCUGUGUGUGUGCAGUUAAGGGCAAGGCGUGCUGCUCUGUUUUGAGCCAGCUGCAGCUUAGCUAGGUCUUUCUUUGCUGCACCUGACCACAUUACCAGACAGGAAUCAAGACGGGACAAGACCAGAGCCUGAAUAACUAGUACAGUUGAUGUUUGUCUAAAAAAACGCAGAUCAUCUUUUUAUAACAGACAUACCCCUCUCCCCAUCUUCACAACUUUCUCAAUAUGACUUGACCAUGAUAAUUGACCAUCCAAUGUUAUACCUAGGAGUUUAGCUUCCUCAACUUGCUCAAUGGUCACACGCCCUCUUUAUGCACAAUUCCAGUUGAGGUCUUAGGGAAUGUUUUACACCGAAGACGGUGCUUUUAGUUUUAGUUGUAUUUAAAGACCAGUUUAUUAUUGAUCACCCAUUCUGAUACUGACUGUAACUUCUUAUUUAGAACAUGUAGAGUGUGGAAUUAUCCGCAUACAUAGUCAUUCUAGCUUUGUGUAAGACCAGUUGCAAAUCAUUUGUAAAAAUAGAGAAGUGUAAUGGCCCAAGGCAACUGCCCUGAGGGACACCACACUGUACAUAUCUGAUGUUAAAGAAGCGUCCGUUGAAGAACACUCUCUGGGUUCUAUUGGAUAAAUAACUCUCCAACCAUGUGACUCUCUGGGUUCUAUUGGAUAAAUAACUCUCCAACCAUGUGAUGGCAGGUGAUGUAAAGCCAUAGCAAGUGAGUUUCUUCAAUAACAAUUUAUGAUCAAUAACAUCAAAGGCUGCACUGAAAUAUAACACUACAGCUCCAACUAUCAUCUUAUUAUCCAUUUAUUUUAACCAAUCAUCUGUCAUCUGAGCCAGUGCAGUACAAGUUGAGUGCCCUUGUCUAUAUGCAUGCUGAAAGUCAAUAGUUAACUUGCUCUCUGAAAAAUAGCGUUGUCUGUGGUCAAACAACAAUUCUCUCCAUUAGUUUAAUAAGAACACGCAGCAAACUGAUUGGUCGGCUGUUAGAGCCAGGAAAGGGCGCUUUACUAUUUUUAGGCAGUGGAAUUUACUUUAGCUUCCUUCCACGCCUGUGGACACACACACUCCUUUAGGCUUUGGUUAAAGAUCGAGCAAAUAGGGGUGGCAAUACAGUCUGCUACCAUUCUCAAUGGUUUCCCAUCAAGGUUGUCUAUACCUUGAUGGAUAACAAUAGUUUUUCCACCUCUCCCACACUAACUUGACCAAAUUGAAAACAGCAAUCCUUCUUUCAUUAUUAAAUCUUUUAUACAAAAAUAUGAUGGUUCAAAUCAAAUUUUUAUUUGUGACAUGCGCCGAAUACAACAGAUGUAGACCUUAACGUGAAAUGCUUACUUACGAGCCCUUAACCAACAAUGCAGAGUUUUAAAAAAAGUAAGAAACAUUUGCUAAAUAAAUUAAAGAAAAAAUAGUAACACAAUAAAAUAACAGUAACGAGGCUAUAUACAAGGGGUACCAGUUCCGAGUCAAUGUGCGGGGGCACCGGUUAGUCGAGGUAAUUUAGUUAAUAUGUACAUGUAGCUAGAGUUAAAGUGACUAUGCAUAGAUAAUAAACAGAGAGUAGCAGCGUAAAAGAGUGUGUAGCCAUUUGAUUAGAUGUUCAGGAGUCUUAUGGCUUGGGAGUCUUAUGGCUUUGGGGUAGAAGCUGUAUACAGAAGAUAGCCCAAGUCCAUAUUAUGGCAAGAACAGCUCAAAUAAGCAAAGAGAAACGACAGUCCAUCAUUACUUUAAGACAUGAAGGUAAGUCAACAAGGAACAUUUCAAGAACUUUGAAUGUUUCUUCAAGUGCAGUCGCAAAAACCACCAUGCAUCAGGAAUGGAAGACACAGAGUUACCUCUGCUGCAGAGGAUACGUUCAUUAGAGUUACCAGCCUCAGAAAUUGCAGCCCAAAUAAAUGCUUCACAGAGUUCAAGUAACAGACACAUCUCAACAUCAACUGUUCAGAUGGGACUGUGUGAAUCAGGCCUUCAUGGUCGAAUUGCUGCAAAGAAACCACUACUAAAGGACACCAAUAAGAAGAAGAGACCUGCUUGGGCCAAGAAACACGAGCAAUGGACAUUAGACCGGUGGAAAUUUGAUUUUUGGUACCAAAUGCCGUGUCUUUGUGAGAUGCGGUGUGGGUGAACGGAUUAUCUCAGCAUGUGUAGUUCCCAUCAUAAAGUAUGGAUGAGGAGAUGUAAUGGUGUGGGGGUGCUUUGCUGGUGACACUGUCUGUGAUUUAUUUAGAAUUCAAGGCACACUUAACCAGCAUGGCUACCACAGCAUUCUGCAGCAAUACGCCAUCCCUUUUGGUUUGGGCUUGGUGGGACUAUCAUUUGUUUUUCAACAGGACAAUGACCCAACACACCUCCAGGCUGUUUUAAGGGCUAUUUUACCAAGAAGGAGAGUGAUGGAGUGCUGCAUCAGAUGACCUGGCCUCCACAAUCCCCCGACCUCAACCCAAUUGAGAUGGUUUGGGAUGAGUCGGACCGCAGAGUGAAGGAAAAGCAGCCAACAAGUGCUCAGCAUAUGUGGGAACUCCUUCAAGACUGUUGGAAAAGCAUUCCAGGUGAAGCUGGUUGAGAGAAUGCCAAGAGUGUGCAAAGCUGUCAUCAAGGCAAAGGGUGGCUACUUUGAAGAAUCUCAAAUAUAUCAAAUAUAAUUUUUAUUUGUUUAACACUUUUUUUGGUCACUACAUGAUUCCAUAUGUGUUAUUUCAUAGUUUUGAAGUCUUCACUAUUAUCCUACAAUGUAGAAAAUAGUUUUCAAAAAGAGAGAAAAUCCCUUGAAUGAGUAGGUGUGUCCAAACGUUUGACUGGUACUGCACAUGCAGGUAGGAGUAAAGUGACUAUGCAUAAAUAAUAAACAGAGAGUAGCAGCUGUGUGGUUUUGUGUGUGUGUGUGUGUGUGUGUGUGUGUGUGUGUUGGAGUAUCAGUGAGUGUACACCGAGCCUGUGCAAGAGAGUCAGUGCAAAAAAUUUAAAUAAUUAAGGGGGUCAAUGCAAAUAGUCUGUGUAGCCAUUUGAUGAACUGUUCAGCAGUCUAAUGGCUUGGCGGUAGAAACAGUUAAGGAGCCUUUUGGUCCCAGACUUGGCGCUCUGGUACCGGUUCCCAUGCGAUGCGGUAGCAGAGAGAACAGUCUAUGACUUGGGUGGCCGGAGUCUUUGACAAUUGACACCGCCUGGUAUGGAGGUCCUGGAUGGCAUGAAGCUCGGCCCCAUUGAUGUACUGGGCCGUAUGCACUAUCCUCUGUAGCGCCUUGCUGUCGGAUGCCGAGCAGUUGCCAUACCAAGCGGUGAUGCAACCAGUCAGGAUGCUCUUGAUGGUGCAGUCUGAAACUUUGCAUACACACUGCUUCCAUCUAGUGGCCAAAAUGUAAAUUGCGCCUACACUGCAAUAUUAUAUUGUGGCCUUGCUCUUGCAUUUCAAAGAUGAUGGAACAAAAAAUAAAUAGAAAAUGCAUGUUUUUUUUGUUUGUAUUAUCUUUUACCAGAUCUAAUGUGUUAUAUUCUCCUACAUUCAUUUCACAUUUCCACAAACUUCAAAGUGUUUCCUUUCAAAUGGUAUCAACAAUAUGCAUAUCCUUGCUUCAGCUCCUGAGCUACAGGCAGUUAGAUUUGUCAUUUUGGGCAAGAAUUUGAAAAAAAAAGGGUCUGAUCCUUAUUAAGGAAGAAUGAUAUAGGGAUUUGAAUAGGAAAUAUGUAGUGCUCAGCAGUAGUGAAAAGUCCCAAUUUAUCACUCAUUGCUACUUAAAUGACUACAUAAAUCACUACUGGUUUUACUACACGUCAAUAGCAAUCAAGUAGUACAACCAGUAGGUUUACUGUGUAGUAAUGAUGUGUAGUAAUUCAGUGGGCACUGACUCUGUGACCCUAGGUCCUGCAGGGAUUGGCUGAAGCAGAUCGUGCCGGUGACGCGCAAGGACUUCACCUCUGUGUUGCCACGGUUCCUGUCUCUCUAUGUGAUGUCAUUCCUGACCCCUCGUGACCUCUGCUCUGCUGCACAGGUCAGCUGGCACUGGAGGGUCCUGGCCGAACAGGUGAGGGGUCAGGGGUCAGGGGUCAGACUCUCCCCCUCUCUCUCUCCCCCCUCUCUCUCUCUCCCCCUCUCUCUCUCUCUCCCCCUCUCUCUCUCUAUUCCUCUUUCUCCUUUUAGUACUGUGUGUGAGGUUAACCUAUGCCCCCCCCCCCCCCCCCUCCCCCCACACACACCUCGCUCUCCGUAGGACUGUCUUUGGUCGGUGAGGUGUGUGCGACGGGGCUGGUUCCUGCCCUAUAAUCCAGGGGACAGAGAGUAUGGUGGGUGGAAGAGCCACUAUGUGUCCUGUGUGUCCACUCUGGACUGGCUGACCCCCAGAGAGGCAGCACAAACGUACGGCACCCUCAACAUGCCCUGCUCAGGAGAGAGGAAGGAGGAGGAGGAGGAGGAGAGACGCAAGGAGAGGAGGAUCAGACAAACCAUCAGGGAGAGAGUGGAGGAGCAGAAGAGUGAGUGAGAGGAGGAGUUGAGGAGAGGAUCGGCUGUGUGGUCCUGUGUGGCCCAGUUGGUAGAGCAUGAUGCCAGGAUAGUGGGUUCGUUUUUCCCGGGGUUUGCACACAUCAAAUCACAUUUUACUUGUCACAUGCGCUGAAUACAACAGGUGUAAAUGCCUUACAAGCCCUUAACCAACAAUGUAGUUUUAAGAUAAUAUUGUUAAGAAAAUAUUUACUAAAUAAAUAUUUUUUUAAAAUUAAAAGUAAUACAAUAAAAUAACAAUAAUGAGGCUAUAUACAGGGGGUACCGGUGCCGAGUCAGUGUGCGGGGGUACAGGUUAGUCGAGGUAAUGUGUACAUGUAUGUAGGGGUAAAGUAACUAUGCAUAGAUAAUAAACAGCGAGUAGCAGCAGUGUAAAAACAAAGGGAGGGGGGCGGCAUUUGAUUCAAUGUAAAUAGUCUGGGUGGCCAUUUUUGAUUAAUUGUUCAGCAGUCUUAUGGCUUGGGGGUAGAAGCUCUUAAGGAGCUUUUUGGACCUAGAGUUGGCGUUUCGGUACCGCUUGCCGUGCGGUAGCAGAGAGAACAGUCUAUGACUUGGGUGACUGGAGUCUUUGACAAUUUUUUGGGCCUUCCUCUGACACCGCCUAGUAAAUAGGUCCUGGAUGGCAGGAAGCUUGGCCCCCAGUGAUGUACUGGGCUGUAUGCACUACCCUCUGUAGCGCCUUACGGUCAGAUGCCGAGCAGUAGCCAUACCAGGCGGUGAUGCAAUUGGUCAGGAUGCUCUCGAUGGUGCAGCUGUAGGAUCUGGGGACCCAUGCCAAAUCUUUUCAGUCUCCUGAGGGGGAAAAGGCGUUGUCGUGCCCUCUUCACAACAUUAUUGGUGGGUUUGGACCAUGAUAGUUUGUUGGUGAUGUGGACACCAAGGAACUUGAAACACUCGACCUGUUCCACUACAGCCCUGUCGAUGUGAAUGGGGGCGUGUACAGCCCUCCUUUUCCUGUAGUCCACGAUCAUCUCCUUUGUCUUGCUCACAUUGAAGGAGAGGUUGUUGUCCUGGCACCACACUGCCAGGUCUCUGACCUCCUCCCAAUAGGCUGUCUCAUCGUUGUCUGUGAUCAGGCCUACCACCGUUGUGUCGUCAGCAAACUUAAUGAUGGUGUUGGAGUCGUGCUUGGCCACGAAGUCGUGGGUGAACAGGGAGUACAGGAGGGGACUAAGCACGCACCCCUGAGGGGCCCCAGUGAUGAGGAUCAGGGUGGCAGAUGUGUUUUUGCCUACCCUUACCACCUGGGGGCGGCCCGUCAGGAAGUCCAGGAUCCAGUUGCAGAGGGAGGUGUUUAGUCUCAGGGUCCUUAGCUUAGUGAUGAGCUUUGAGGGCACUAUGGUGUUGAAUGCUGAGCUAGAGUCAAUGAACAGCAUUCUCACAUAGGUGUUCCUUUUGUCCAGAUAGGAAAGGGCAGUGUGGAGUGCGAUUGAGAUUGCAUCAUCUGUGGAUCUGUUGGGGCGGUAUGCGAAUUGGAGUGGGUCUAGGGUUUCCGGGAUGAUGGUGUUGAUGUGAGCCAUGACCAGCCUUUUAAAGCACUUAAUGGCUACCGACGUGAGUGCUACGGGGCGGUAGUCAUUUAGGCAGGUUACCUUCGGUUUCUUGGGCACAGGGACUAUGGUGGUCUGCUUGAAACAUGUAGGUAUUACAGACUCGACAGGGAGAGGUUGAAAAUGUCAAUGAAGACACCAGGUGGUCCGCGCAUGCUCUGAGUACACGUCCUGGUAACCGUCUGGCCCCGCGGCCUUGUGAAUGUUUACCUGUUUAAAGGUCAUGCUCACAUCGGCUACGGAGAGCGUGAUCACACAGUUGUCCGGAACAGCUGGUGCUCUCGUGCAUGCUUCAGUGUUGCUUGCCUCGAAGCGAGCAUAAAAGGCAUUUAGUCCAUCUGGUAGGCUUGUGUCACUGGGCAGCUCGCGGCUGGGUUUCCCUUUGUAGUCCGUAAUAGUUUGCAAGUCCUGCCACAUCCGACGAGCGUCAGAGCCAGUUUAGUAGGAUUCAAGCUACCUGUUUGACGGUUCGUCUGAGGGCAUAGCAGGGUUUCUUAUAAGCGUCCGGAUUAGUGUCCCACUCCUUGAAAGCGGCAGCUCUAGCCUUUAGCUCGGUGCGGAUGUUGCCUGUAAUCAAUCCAUGGCUUCUGGUUGGGAUAUGUAUGUACGGUCACUGUGGGGACGACGUUGAGCCAGUGACUGAGGUGGUAUACUCCUCAAUGCCAUUGGAUGAAUCCCGGAACAUAUUCCAGUCUGUGCUAGCAGAACAUUCAUGUAGCGUAGCAUCCGCGUCAUCUGACCACUUCCGUAUUGAGCGAGUCACUGGUACUUCCUGCUUUAGUUUUUGCUUGUAAGCAGGAAUCAGGAGGAUAGAAUUAUGGUCAGAUUUGCCAAAUGGAGGGCGAGGGAGAGCUUUGUAUGUGUCUCUGUGUCUGGAGUAAAGGUGGUCUAGAGUUUUUUUUCCUCUGGUUGCACAAGUGACAUGCUGGUAGAAAUGAGGUAAAAUGGAUUUAAGUUUGCCUGCAUUUAAAGUCCCUGGCCACUAGGAGCGCCGCUUCUGGAUGAGCAUUUUCUUGUUUGCGUAUGGCCUUAUACAGCUCGUUGAGUGCGGUCUUAGUGCCAGCGUCGGUUUGUGGUGGUAAAUAGACAGCUACGAAAAACAUAGAUCGUGUGGUCUACAGCUUAUCAUGAGGUACUCUACCUCAGGCGAGCAAUACCUCGAGACCUCCUUAAUAUUAGACAUUGCGCACCAGAUGUUGUUGACAAAUAGACACCCUCAUCUUACCAGAAAUAGCUGUUCUGUCUUGCCGAUGCAAGGAAAACCCAGCCAACUCUAUAUUAUCUGUGUUGUCGUUUAGCCACGACUCGGUGAAACAUCAGAUAGUACACUUUUUAAUGUCCCGUUGGUAGGAUAGUCUCGAACGGAGCUCAUCCAGUUUAUUCUCCAGUGAUUGCACGUUGGCUAAUAGAACGGAUGGUAGAGGUGGGUUACCCACUCGCCGACUAAUUCUCACCAGGCACCCUGAUCUCCGCCCCCUGUAUCUCCGUCUUUUCUUCAUGUGAAUGACGGGGCUUUGGACCUUGUCUUGGAGCAACAUUAUAUAUUUCGCGUCCGACUCAUUAAAGAAAAUCACACAUGAUUGUGAGUCGCUUUGGAUAAAAGUAUCCCUAUUACUGUGUUGGAUCAGAUAUAGGGUUGGGGUCAGAGGUGACAGCCAGGGUGAAUGAUAUUUCUUAUCUCUCUGUUCUCUACAGGAGCGUCCCUGAAGUCCAGACCAGCCUGGAGGAGCAGCAUCAACAGAAGCAGACCAGGGCGAACAGUGGUCAGCCAUACCCAGGGAGAGAGGCAGGUGCCUGGGCGAACGAGGAGCGUUCAGUGCUCUCCCUCCUGGUUGUCAGACAGGACGGGACGUCUCUGUUUAUCCCCUGACCUCAGCCUUAACUUGACCCCGACUCUGACCCUGGAGAAGACCCAGCUCUCCAGCCAUGUGAGGUCCCAGGCCAUGGGGUGAGAGGCCUUGCCCCAAUCAUAGAUAUAGACCUCACCUGUGUGUGUGUGUUUGGUUCAUGAACAGUGUGUGUAACGCGUUUGUGUGUGUGUGGGUGGGUGUUUGGUUCAUGGCCAGUGUAUAUAAUGUGUGUGUGAUAAUGUAUGGUUUCAGGGACAGUGUGAACAGAGGAGGUUUGUCCACUUCCACCAGCAGCAGACCCAGACCCUCUCUCUCUCCAUCACCACCUCUUCUGCUACUGCUGUCCAACAGGAUACCUGCCUACGAGGUGAGACAUUUGGAGCAGGGGGAGUACUGAUAUGGUCAAAUAUUUAGGUUAUCAAUUACUUACAGGUUUCAGGUCAAUUCAAUUUUCAUUCAGCAUUGACGAGAAUUGGAAUGAGUGAAUAACAUCUCUUCUCUCCUCUCGUAGUUGGUCCUGUGUGGUGUGAGAGUAGGAGUGGUGGUGGUUCUAUACGACCACAGAGGGACCCUCCAAGGCUCUGUUAUCCCAGGCAGAGAGGGCUCUGGGUGGGCAGCGAGCUCAGAGACUGGGGGUGCUGGCUCCUGGAGGUACGGAGGAGAUCACUCUGCUGCAAGGUGAGGAUGGAACACUGGGUCAGGGUCAUAGUUCACUGAAGGUCAUAGUCACUGUUUGACCUUUGAUGUCUCUUUGACCCCCAGGCUGCAAGGUGACAGAGAGGAGUGUGCUGACACCUGACUCCAGGGAAUUCUGGGAGAAGCUAUGUGGCUGGGUCGUUCCACCUGAAGAGGGAGGAGGGGUGGACGUCUUCUGUCCCCUCGCAGCAUCUGGUGUGUAGAUCAAGAGAGAGAAUGGUUUAUUUUCAAUUACAUGGUAUCAGUAGCAGCUAACACAAUACAAAAUAUAUCCAUCCACACAAUAAAAUCUACAAAUGAAUCACUCAGUCACUCGAGCACAGAGAAAAACUACAAACCGACGGCACUAACACACAUUCCCAUUCCUCUCUCGCUCUCCUCUCUCGCUCUCUCCCUUUCCGCCUCUCUCUCUCUCUCUCCCUCUCCGCCUCUCUCUCCCUCUCCGCCUCUCUCUCCCUCCCCCUCUCUCUCCCUCUCCGCCUCUCUCUCUCUCCGCUCCCGCCUCGCUCUCCUCUCCUCCUCCUCGCUCUCUCUCUCCCCUCUCUGCUCUCUCUCCUCUCCCCCCUCUCUCUCCCUCUCUGCCUCUCUCUCCCUCCCCCUCCAUCUUCCCCUCUCCGCCUUUCUUCCCCCCCCCUCUUCGCGCUCCACCCUCCCCCCCCCCCUCUCUUCCGCCUCUCUCUCUCUCCCUCCCCCUCUCAUCUCCUCUCCGCCUUUCUCUCCCUCCCCCCCUCUCUCUCUCUCGCCCCCCCUCCCCUCUCUCUCCGCGCUUCUCUCUCCUUCCCCCCCACCCCUCUCUCUCUCUCUCUCUCCUCUCCCCCCGUCCCCCCCCUCCCCUCUCUCUCCUCCUGCCUCUCUCUCCUCACCCCCCCCUCUCUCUCUCAGCCAGAGGGGUGCUGCUGGUCCAGUCUCUGUCUACUCUGACAGGGUUGGAAGUCUCAGCUCCUACUGGGAUGGCCACUGGAAGCUUCCAGAACAGUGAGUCAGGGAGGAAGGGAAUCAUUUCAAUUGCGUUGAUCAAACCCCAACCCUAGCAAGUUAUUGUAUAUCAAGUUUGAACAUCUAUUGACCAUAUUUAACAAGGGGCCAAUCCAAAUGAAGUGAGACCACCACUCGCACUUUAAAGGCUCUCACCCUUCGUCUCUCUUUCUCUCUCCCCCCUCCCUCCAGUCCUGAGUGAGUGGUCGUGUAGCAACGGUGCCGGUGACAGGGCUGGGAGCGGGGUUAGGGGUGUGUGUGCGUCCCCUGGCCAGCACUAUGUGUGUGAGGGUGUGUUACAGGGUUGGAGCUGGCAGACCCAGUGGCUAGAGGAGGCUCUAGGAGCCCUGAGGGACCAUCUGGGGCCACAACUACCACAACUGAGUCUGGACACCAGGGGUCGAGUUCUGGGUACGAAACACACACACACACACACACACACACACACCCGAGGUCAGUUUCAAUGGCCCUAGAGCAGCUGAGUGUACAAAACAUUAGGAACACCUUCCUAAUAUUGAGUUGCAGCCCCUUUUGCCCUCAGAACAGCCUCAAUUCGUUGGGGGCAUGGACUCUACAAGGUGUCAAGUGUUCCACAGGGAUGCUGGCCCUUGUUGACUCCAAUGCUUCCCACAGUUGUGUCAAGUUGGCUGGAUGUCCUUUGGGUGGUGAACCUUGAUACACCUGGGAAACGGUUGAGCGUGAAAAACCCAACCUUGCCCAUUCACCCUCUGAAUGGCACACAUACACAAUCCAAGUCUCAAUUCUCUCAAGGCUUAAAAAUCCUUCUUUAACCUGCCUCCUCCCCUUGAUCUACACUGAUUUGAAUGGAUCAUAGCUUUCACCUGGUCAGUCUAUGUCAUGGAAAAUCGUGGAAAGAGCAGGUGUUCGUAAUGUUUUGUUCCUAGGUCAGUUUCUAUGGGAGGCGGUAGCACUAGAGCAUCUGAGUGUCUCUAAACUCUGUUCCUAGGUCAGUUUCUAUGGGAGGCGGUAGCACUAGAGGAUCUGAGUGUCUCUAAGGAGGUGACUGUAGCUCUGACCGAGGGUCUCACGGCAUUAGCAACGGAGGUGAGUUCUGCAACAAAACACUUCAUUCCAAAUGGCUUCUUUAUUCAUCUUUGACCUAUCCUUCUCUCUCGCCCUCCUCCGUGCCUCAGACCAGACCUCUGGAGUUCCUCUCUCUCUUCCUGAGAAGAUGGGGGGAGAAAAGGAAAGAUCUAAAUGGAGGAGGGGAGGAAGGAGAUGAGAGAAGAGGAGGAGGAGGAGGAGAGAGGACAGAAGGAGGAGGAGAGAGGAGAGAAGGAGGAGGAGAGAGGAGAG